CAUAAUUCAAACUUUCAUACCAUAGAAAAAGGUUCACCUUUUCUACUUAUAUCAUCACAAAUGCAACAACAACAACCGUCUUCUUCUUCUACCUCUUCAUCUUCAUUAUCUAAUUCUAAGUGGAUUGUUGUCAAUUAUAUAUCCAAACUCCUAUUUUUCCUCAAAACUCCUCGUUUUUUCCUCCAACACAAAAAACCCAUCAAAGGGAGACAUGCUUCUUAUAAUCAUAACAACACCAAUAAAACUGAAUCUUUAGAAACAAAACCAGAGGAAAUCAUGAAGGGGAAAACACAGGAAAACCAGCAUAAUACUGAUCAAGAUCAAGGUGGACUGUUGCAGAAGGCAGUGAAAGAAAUAUUGUUUGGAAAAAGGGAAGAAAAAGAGAAAGCUGUGAAGGAGAUAAAACGUUUAGCAAAUGAAGAUGUUAAAGUAAGAAGGAAUUUAGGUGAACUUGGUGUUAUUCCUCCUCUGAUUUUCAUGAUUGAUUCACAUGCUGUUUCAGUUUCUCAACGAUGUUUGGCUGUUCAAGCCUUAACCCAACUUUCCAACGGUACUUUCACGAACAAGGCUCUAAUUUUAGAGGCAGGAAUUUUAGCAAAACUACCUACAAACAUUGAAGAACUAGAAGAUACAUUGUGUUAUGAUCUUUCACAACUACUCUUAUCAGUAUCAUCACUAUUCAACACUUAUUUCCCUUUCAAACAUUCCACCUUAAUCUCCUUCUUACUUAACAUUCUCCAAUCAAAUAAAACAACUAAUAAAUCCAAAGAAGCAUGUCUUGGCACCCUAUACAACCUCUCAAAUGUCUUAGAAAAUUCAGAACCAUUGAUCUCCAAUCAUGUGGUUGACAUUCUUUUAAGCUUACUAUCUUCAUCUAGGGACAAAAUUUUAGAACAAUCUCUAGCAAUAUUGGGUAACUUAGUAGUAACUUUGAUGGGUAAAAAGGCAUUAGAAGAAAACGAGGCGAUACCCGAGUGUUUAAUAGACAUACUAGUAUGGGAAAAUAGGCCUAAAUGUCAAGAAUUAUCAAUAUAUGUAUUGAUGAUUUUGGGUCAUCAAAGUUCAAAACAAAGGGAUAAGAUGGCAAAAUUAGGAAUUGUACAUACUUUACUUGAGGUUUCCUUGUUAGGGAGUCCUUUGGCUCAAAAAAGGGCCUUAAAAUUGUUGCAAUGGUUCAAAGAUGAAAGACAUGUUAAGGUCGGGCCACAUUCCGGGCCACAAACAAGGUCGAUUUCGAUGGGAUCGGGUAUGAGUGAUGGAGAAAGUAAUGAAGGGAAGAGGUUGAUGAAGAAGAUGGUGCAACAAAGCUUGUAUAAGAAUAUGGAGGUGAUUACUAGAAGAGCUAAUACUGCAGGGGAAUGUUCUAAGUUUAAGUCAUUGGUGGUUAGCUCAAGUUCUAAGAGUUUGCCAUACUGAAUACUCCGUCUGCCUUUUGAAUUUGCUAUUUCACAUUUCUGUUAAAAGCUUUUAUUUUGAUUUGUGUAAUUCAGUGAAUUCAAAGCGACAGAGAUAAGAUAUCAUUUUAAACAAACUUUUUACAAUGAAAUUUUGAAAUUCAAAACACGUUUAAUUUGCACAUAGAUGAAAAUUUAGCAUAUUUCUCUUGCUUAGAGAAAAUUCAAAUCAAAUAAAGGGGGUUAUAUUUAAUUUUUGAAGAAGAAUUCAAAAUUUGUAUUUUUUGGUUGUAAACUUGUAGGUUUCAUAUGUUGAUAUGAUUAGAUACAUUAAUGUUUUCAAUGUUGUUUUUUU